AUGAGCAAAUCAGAACGGGAUGGCGAUGCGAAGCACCGAGGGUUUUCUGCAAUUGAUGAAUCGCUUGUGUCUUCAUGGGAAAGAUUCCUCUUUCUCCUCCUACUGAACUAUGUGUUCGUGUUUGGUUCUGUAUCUUAUCCUUCAUCAUCUGCUAGAGUUCCUAGUUCUUCUACCUCGAAGGUCUCGCUGGCUCUGUACUAUGAGACCCUCUGCCCUUACUCCGCCAAUUUCAUUGUUAAAUAUCUACCGAAGGUCUACGAUGAGGGACUCAUUUCAAUCGUCGAUCUUGAACUUUUUCCCUACGGAAACGCCAAGUUACAAGACAAGGACAACAUCGUCUGCCAGAGCGAGAGUCAUGGUUUCCGAGGUCUGAGUUUGUUUAGGGUGUUUAUGUUCAAGCGGAGAGAUAUGGGUGAUUCCAUUUGA